CAGGGUGUGGAGCCGCCCCUCUGCAGCCCACCUCCGCCCAGGAUGUGGCUUGGCCGCCGGGCCCUCUGCGCGCUGGUCCUGCUGCUCGCCUGCGCUUCGUUGGGGCUCCUGUACGCGAGCACCCGAGAAGCACCGGGCCUCCGGACCCCUUCUGCGCUGUGGACAUCCCAGCAGGGCGCCCCCAAGCCCGAACUGCCAGACCUUGCCCCUGAUCCCCGUUACUCGCACAUCCCGGUCAGGAUCAAGGAGCAGGUGGUGGGGCUGUUGGCUCAGGACAACUGCAGUUGUGAGUCCAGUGGGGGGAGCCUCCCUCUUCCCUUCCAGAGACAGGUUCGAGCCAUUGAUCUCACCAAGGCCUUUGAUCCUGAAGAGCUGAAGGCUGCCUCUGCUGCCCGGGAGCAGGAGUUCCAGGCCUUCCUUUCAAGGAGCCAGUCCCCUGCUGACCAGCUGCUCAUAGCCCCUGCCAACUCUCCCCUACAGUACCCCAUGCAGGGUGUGGAGGUUCAGCCUCUGAGGAGCAUCUUGGUGCCAGGACUGAGCCUGCAGGCAGCUUCUGGUCAGGAGGUCUAUCAGGUGAACCUGACUGCCUCCCUGGGCACCUGGGAUGUGGCAGGAGAAGUAAUUGGAGUGACUCUCACUGGAGAGGGUCAGGCAGAUCUCACCCUUGCCAGCCCAGAGCUGGAUCAACUCAACCGGCAGCUGCAGCUGGUCACUUACAGCAGCCGAAGCUACCAGGCCAACACAGCAGACACAGUCCGGUUCUCCACAGAGGGACACCAGGCUGCCUUCACCAUCCGAAUAAGACAUCCUCCCAACCCCAGGCUGUACCCGCCUGGGUCUCAACCCCAGGGAGCCCAGUACAACAUCAGCGCUCUCGUCACCAUUGCCACCAAAACGUUCCUUCGAUACGAUCGGCUACGGGCCCUCAUCGCCAGCAUCCGACGCUUCUACCCCACCAUCACCGUGAUCGUCGCGGACGACAGCGACAAGCCAGAGAGCAUCAGCGGCCCUCACGUGGAACACUAUCUCAUGCCCUUUGGCAAGGGCUGGUUCGCAGGACGGAAUCUGGCUGUGUCCCAAGUAACCACCAAGUAUGUGCUGUGGGUGGACGAUGACUUUAUCUUCACCGCGCGCACGCGGCUGGAGAGGCUUGUGGACGUGCUGGAGCGGACGCCGCUGGACCUGGUGGGAGGUGCGGUGCGCGAGAUCACAGGCUUUGCCACCACGUACCGGCAGCUGCUGAGAGUGGAUCCUGGUGCCCCAGGCCGUGGGAACUGCUUCCGGCAAAGGCGCGGCUUUCACCACGAGCUCCUUGGCUUCCCAGGCUGCGUGGUCACAGACGGCGUGGUUAACUUCUUCCUGGCGCGCACCGACAAGGUGCGAGAGGUCGGCUUCGACCCUCGCCUCAGCCGUGUGGCACAUCUGGAGUUCUUCCUGGACGGACUUGGUUCCCUUCAGGUUGGCUCCUGUUCAGAUGUCAUUGUGGAUCAUGCAUCCAAGUUGAAGCUGCCGUGGGGAUCAAGAGAUGCAGGGGCAGAGACUUAUGCCCGGUACCGUUACCCAGGAUCACUGGAUGAAAGUCAGGUGGCCAAACACCGCCUGCUCUUCUUCAAACACCGGCUGCAGUGCAUGACUGCGGAAUGAUGGCCACAGAG